UGCUUUCACGACGUGCUUUGGCUCGAAUCGGUGGCAUCCGAGGCGUUAUGACUGGGCCGGCCAUAAAAGCUCGUCUAGAUCACGAAGGCCAUCCACCACCACCAAUUACGCAACUGAAUGAGUACGAAAUAUCAUUGAAAGAUACAGUUCGACGAUUUUCCCACAAUGUUAUCAAGCCACUGGUUCGAGAAAUGGAUGAAAAGUCACAGAUGCACCAGUCGGUGAUUACCGGAGCGUUUGAGAAUGGCUUCAUGGGAAUAGAAGUGCCAGAGCAAUAUGGCGGACCGGGAACAUCCUUUUUUGAUUCCAUCCUUGUGGUCGAAGAAUUAGCAAAGGUUGAUCCGUCGGUAUCUGUGUUCGUUGAUGUACAAAAUACCCUUGUAGCUCCACUGAUCAUAGAACAUGGAACGGAAGAGCAAAAGCAGAAGUAUCUGCCGAGGAUUUGUGAUGAAUGGGUUGGAUCUUUCUGUUUAUCGGAGGUAGCAUCGGGUUCCGACGCCUUUGCCAUGAAGACAGUGGCGAAAAAAGACGGUGAUGAUUUUCUUAUUACGGGCACAAAAACAUGGAUUACCAAUGCAGGCCAUGCUAGCUUCUUCUUGGUAUUCGCCAAUGCUGAUCCGUCCAAAAAUUAUAAAGGCAUCACAUGCUUUCUUGUUGACCGUAAUGAGGAAGGUGUACAAGUUGAGCGUAAGGAGGACAAACUUGGUAUACGGGCUUCAUCGACUUGUCCUGUCCACUUUGAGAGUGUUCGCGUUCCAAAAUCCGCAAUACUUGGUGAAUAUGGUAAAGGGUACAAGUACGCAAUUGAGUGCUUGAAUGGGGGUAGAAUUGGUAUUGGAGCGCAGAUGGUAGGAUUAGCUCAAGGUUGUUACGACAAUGCUAUACCUCAUCUCCAAGAGCGAAAACAAUUCGGGUCAAGGAUCAUUGAUUUCCAGGGCAUUCAACAUCAAAUAGCCCAAGCAGCUGUAGAGAUUGAAGCAGCUAGGUUACUCGUCUACAACGCAGCCAGAAUGAAGGACAAUGAUAUCAAGUACGUGAAAGAGGCGGCCAUGGCCAAGCUCUAUUCUUCUCAGGUAGCUACAAAUGUGACAUCUAAGUGCGUUGAAUGGCUAGGAGGUAUAGGUUUCACGAAAGAGUAUCCCGUGGAAAAAUUCUAUCGCGAUGCUAAAAUUGGAACAAUAUACGAAGGAACCUCAAACAUCCAACUGAAUACUAUUGCUAAAUUGAUUGAUACGGAGUAUAAACACCAUUCAUAAAGCAUACGUUCGCUUUUUAGCUUGUACUUUCUGAAAUCUCACCAAUGUUUAUGUUCCAAUCUCAAACAAUGUGCCCUACCUUUAGAACGCGUAUUUGUAUAUGUGUAUAAUUGAAUAGUUGUUUGUACUAUUUAUCUGUUUUGUGUGUUUUUGACAGAGUUUCUAUAAAUAUCUCUAUCUCAAUAUCAAUCACCGGAAUUAAACCCAGUAUUCGCAACAAUGC